AUGUUCAUCAGGAGAGAUAACAAGGGGGUGUGCUUUGCUUUGAAGGACAUGGCCUUUGAAUAUUACCAAGCUGCUAUGCGUUUCAACAGCUUCACUCGCGAGCAACCCAGCCUAUUAUACAAGGACAGAGAACUCCUUUGGUUGGCCAUCCAUGUAGCUUACAAACAGCUGGGCAAUCCUUGCUCAGAGCAGGCUCGGAUUGUCGAAGCCUGCCACCUUGUGGCGCACGUGCAGAAUCCAGCUGGACAAAAGCCUGGUGAUUUAGAGGAGUUGCUGACAGAAGAGGAGAGGGUAGCCGCUGCAGAAGCAGCUCAGCACCAAACAAUGGAGGAGAUGAUGGAGACUAUCAUCGAUCAGGGGCUGCCUACUCUCACCAAGCUGCGCCUAGCUGAUAUGCUCACAGGAACGCAGGAAAGGGCAAACGGACAAGAAAGCGCGGAGGAGUCAGGGGCAAGGCUCUGUAAAGCCUAUGAAAAGUUACGCGAGCUGCGCACGUUGCGGGCGGCAAAGAAGGGUUUGGAGGAUCACCUACAGCCCCUUGGAGGGCUGAUCGCUUGGAUGGCGUGCUCCUCGCUAAACAAGUAUGAGACGCUGCGGAAGCUCAUUAUGUACGAGGCACGGAAGCCUUUCAGCUACUUCAACUCCGAACUUGGGGAGAAUGUGACAGCGGAGCCUCAAAAUUGUGCUCGCAUUGUCCUUGAGAAGUAUUCUAUUAAAGAUGAGUGCAUCCCUGCUCUCUUCAAGUGGAGCGAGCGGGCUUAUAAUGAUCCAGAGUCUGCAGAGCAUAAUCAGGGGGCGGUAGAGGCAUUCAAGGAAGGUAUCCAGGAAUACCUUGCCGAUAACCUGCUCCCAAUCCCCAAGAGCAUUGAGUACAUCAUCGAUCGAAAGCACGCCCGCGGAAACAGUUUCCUUUGCGUCUAUAAUGAAGCCCGAGAAGCAAUCCUGGUUAAGGGGCGCAGAACGGAAUUGGAAGGAUGCAUGGUCCGCAUCCACGGGGUAAUCAAUAGGAGGAAGAAGCUGACAAUGGCGGGAGGGAUCUCAGUCCCAAGCUUAGCCACAGCUCGGCAGGCCUCAGCAGAUGCAAAGCAACUGACCGAGCAUACCCUUGGCUGGCAUGUUGACAAGCUCACCCCCUCCUAUUACACCUGUGAAAAGGACGGGCAGCGGACGCUUCAAGAUUUGUCGCUGAGGUUGAAGAAGCUUGCAACUAAUGUAACAGCCACAGAGAUCAAGACCUGGUUCAGUGAGCAUGCGGCAGUUGUGCCAACGCAGGUCUACAAAGACAAUGGAGGUGUGAAUCGGAGUGGUUCGGAGGGGGUUUCCUGGAUCGUUGAGUUUGCAAAAGAUGCGAGCUGCUGUGACGACAAGUAUGCGGACAUAGAAGCGGCGCUGAUGGUGCGCCGCUCCAAUGAGCAUCUUUUUCGGGGACAGCCGCUUGAUAUGUAUCGACUUUUGAAGAGGGCAAGAGGCGGCAACUUUACGUGUGGAGAGCAGUUGAAGGACAAGCUUCUGAAGGACGCCGAAGAUCGAGGGCAUCUUCGUCCCACCCCCGCCGGCACCCCGUAUUUCAACGGGGUAGUCGUCGAAGCAACUGAUGGAGCGACCGUUCUGGGCAAGAGUAAUUGUAACAGCCGUAUCCAGAUCAUUUCGGAAGAGGCCUUCACAACCGGGGCUUCCAAGUUGGACCGCUUUUGGGAUGUGACGGGAGGCGAGAGCAAGGUAUGGAGAGCCCAGAUCUGCCUCAGCCGGGACCAGGCUGAACAGCUACGGGAGAGUUGGCCGCGCAUGGAGGAUGGCGCCACGCAUUUAUCUCUUGCUCAGGUCUUAGCUCUCGCCACAUUCUUAGAGGAGCAAGGCCUGCUUUCGACCUUCCUCUACAAGGACCUUUCUCAAGCUCAAAUGAGGUCCGUCAUCGGCCAAGCUCGGACUCGUUGUGCACAGGCGUCCGCUUGCUUCGCCCUGUUUAGAGAAAUCACGGCUGCUCUUGAGCCAGCAGAGGACAACAAGGCAAUGUGGGAUGUUCUGGAGAAUAGGUCAAUCAGGGGCUUGGGCUUCAAGCGGGCCAAAAAUACUAAGAAGGGGAUUGAGGCUGAUACGGCGGAGCAAGUGGUGGCUUUGCAACUGUGCCCCAUCUCGAAGUCGAGAACGCAAACCCUGGCCAAGUUCGCAAAAGCAGAAUGCUAUCAUGUCACGGGGCUGCCCGUUGACUUUCAAGGAGCGAGAGAAGACGGCGAUCUGCCCCUUGAGAAGCUUCCGGAGCCAAUUCCUCCAUUCAUGCACACUUUGGUCCGUGUGGGGAAAAAGGUGCUCGCUCUUUUGCAAGACCACGCUUUAGUCGGAGAAGAUGGGGACGACCGGUCUGGGGCACGCUUGGAGUUCGUCUUUAGGCAAACUGCUGAAGCCAAGACGGAAAUGUUGGCAAAAGACGAAGCAAAGCAGGGCGAUCGUAUAUCAACUGCGAUGAACGGAGAGCACACCCGCCUCAUCCUCAGCCAUUAUAAGUGGAUGUUUGGAGGAAUAAUGUCCCCCAGGGAUAUGCAGCUGCCAGGCCUCCUCACCAUGUACAUUGGACAAGUCUAUGCCGACCAAAGUCCGUCACGGGAAUCUCGGAGCCUGCUGUGGCUGCUCGGGAAUCUGAUUUGGAAUUUGAUCCGGGUUAUUGACGCCCUUGCUCGCGCCAAAAGAAAGAACGACAAGAAGCCAGUAGUCCAGACCAACCACAUGCACAUCAUGGCUGUUGAGAUUCCGAAGUUUCACGAGAGCUGCGACAUCCCCCUCCCAAAACUGUUGGAAGAAAAGUUGGAGGCCUGGCAAAAGGUUGCGAAGGAGGCAGGAUUGAAACGGAGCGACAGGAAAAGCGACGUGGUGGAAACGAUGUAUCGAGAAGAGUGGAUGCGUGAGAAUGCAAUGCUACUGUACGGCUUGCGAGGCAGAAACCCCGAAGUUGCGAAAAAGGAAUUGAGCCAGUUCGUCGAAGCCACAGUCCCAAACUUUCUCGUCCACAGCUGUCUCUACAAUCAAAACCCAAUAUUCCGUCAAACCUUCUCUCAACUCCUCCACAUUCUAGCAGAGCGGGACUACACUGAGGAUCUCUUCUUUGUCUAUGCACCCCACGAGAGCUCCCAGUCCGCAGCCAAAGUCCUCCCGCUCAGGACACAGCGCGCAUGCCAGUGCACCUGCCACUGCAAGUGCGGCCCCUCAACGGGCGACUCUAGCUCUGACUGCUGUAAGGCAAGCUGCAACUGCAAGUGCUCUGAGUCAUGCUCCUGUCAAACAGGGCCCGCGGAAACCUGCCGAUGCUUGAAGGAGGUCUCGCUGGUGAGCUUGACCGGGGUCGGUCCAGGAAAGGAUAAAUGGGAACCAUUGCAGUGGUGCGAAGGAGCGGGCAAGGUCGCAUUAGGAGGCCCUAUCGACCCCGAAAGCCAGGUCGCCCACGUCAGGGAGCUGUUGGAGACAAGGCGGGUGGGACGAGUGGUUACACGGGGCGAAUGGGGGUCACUCUGGCCUCUGCGUUUAUACAUCCACAACAGCGCCGCGUGCCGCAUCCAGGCAGCCUUCCGCCGAUACCUGCACAGAGACAUUUUGCAGAAGGCGGGCCAACAACGAGCGGCCUUGUCACGAGGUAUCACCCUGCUUGCUUGCGACCCAAUGGUGGGGGACUCCAGCGGAGGCGCGCAGCUGGCCAUCCAGGGAGAGGGUUUUGCCUCGUUUCAGGGACGCCCUGUUGUGCGAAUUGGACUCGCUAAGCUGGCAGCGUAG